AUGUACGACAGGCCCCGUAUGGUGACGUUCUCGCCCAUGUUACAUGCGUGCAACCGAACGCUGAUCCUUCGAUCGUCUUCUCGUGUAGGCCGGGAAUUCCUGCAUGCUCCGAGCCCAGUGGACUCUGGACAGUACGAUUGUGCGACGACAGAAAACGACAGACAUGACGACCCCUUCUUCUCUUCUCCUGAUCGCCAUUCUUCUCAAAAAGACCGAAACAUUGAAGGCCUCUUACAAGUACUUACGGCAUCUGAUGCAGUCCCGCCUCUCGCCGGUGUUAUGCAUCUUGAUAUCGUGCAUGAAUGA